GAGAGAAAAAGAAGAAGAGAGAAACGGAGAAAGAACGAGAUCUCUGCAGUUCAGUUUGACUUGUUAGCUAGGUAGUCAACCCGGAACGAGGAGAGAGGAGUACUCCGUUUGGGAUUGAUGAUUAUUUCUAGUUUCCAGCCUGGCAUGGAUAUUUUUGGAUUGUAAAAAAGAAGUGCGGCUGUCGGGAGGUCGGGAUCUGGAUUUAUAAAGGAUUUUAAUGUAUUUCUUUGGGAUUUAAAAUCACUUGUAUAAAGGUGUAAUUCAUGUUGUUCUCUCCGUGCCGGGUUAGAAGAGAGGAGAUGUGAAGGGGUGUUCGUUCCAAAGUCCGAAACUAUUACGCGUAAAAGCGUUUUAGGACUCCCUUUCUCUUUUCUCGUUGACUUUCCAUAUUGAAUUCUGCAUUUACUUAGUUCCCGUGUAGCUAUUGUCUGCUCGCAUGAUAUUAACAUGUGUGUAAAACAUUUGUUUAUCCUUCCGAGGCGUAGGGAACAGAACAACACGGGUCAAGAAUAGGAUUCAAAUAGCAGUUCUGCAUAUUAGUGACUACGUUCCCAGUAUGAAUGAAUUUUGAUUUCCCAUGUCUCAAUCUAAUCUUGUUCUCCAAUCGGCUGUGCAUACCCUGGCACGGCGCUCCGCCAACAUUAAUGUCCUUACAACUAAAUUCAAAGUAGCUGGUAAACAGUCCCCUUUGGUGACCCGAAACAAGAAUAACCUAGAGAGAGAAAAGCACAUCUAUAUUUUUUAAAUUGUCGUAUGUUCAGGACGAAACGCUCAGGUCUUGUGCGGCGACUCUGGAGAAGCCGUUUGAUUCCACAUAGUGAGGAGGGAGAUGGUGGACAUAAUGGCCCAAGUAGCGAAGACAGUCCUAGGGACGAUCUCUUCACAACCUGCCACAACCCGGAGAAAAUUAACAAAACGGAUCUCCGACCGAUGACGGUUGGCAGGUCGCCUGCAGAGGACUUAGGUGGAGUAUGUGCCUUCAACUCGGCGGAGAGUUGCAGCGGCUGGGUGGGGGGCAGAUCGGACCAACAUGGGGGUGCUAUGUCGGUGACUGUGUGUGUCCAAGGGCCGGGGCAGGAGCAGGGCAGCCCUCAGGCAGUGCAGAACAGCGAAUGCAGGACGGUGACGUGUUGUUUAUUUAAAGACCGGGACCACUGUGAAGUUGAACCCAUUGCCCCGGGGAGGGAACCGUUACCAGACUCCUGUCAUUUUGUUUUGAGGAACCACGGCGGUGGAGCUCGGGACAACGGUUCUCCUGAGGCGAAGCCGCGCACGGUGCUGGAGCAAGAACUAAAAACCGCCACAUAUUCUCUGUUGAAAUGCUUAAAGGACAAAACCCUGGAUACGUUACUGGAGGCGGUGGAGUCCAGAGAAGGGAUGUGGAGCGACUGUGUGAUGGUAUCCCAGACAGAGAUGCGUCUGGGCGGACACACGGCCAUAUCUCCGCCGCUGCUGCUGUGUAAACUCUACCGUUGGUCGGACCUCCAGCACACCGCCCAGCUCAAGCCGCUCUGUGAGUGCAGGAGCUUUGGGACUCUGGCUGGCCUCGCGGUAUGCUGCAACCCCUAUCACUACAGCCGGCUCUGCAGCGUAGAGUCGCCCCCACCGCCAUACUCACGGCUGUCCCCUACAGAGGAACAAAAGCCACUUGGUAAGUCGUCACCAACAUGCUGAGAAUACACUCCUGAGAAUACACUCCAACAUGCUGAGAAUACCUGUGUGUGUUCUGUGAGUAUGUGUGUGUGUGUGUGUGUUUGUGUGUAUAUGUGUGCGUGUGUGUGUGUUCUGUGGGUAUGUGUGUGUGCUC